UUGGCCUUUUGUAAUCAUGAGAACCUUGUGUCAUCAUUGCUGUGGAAAAAUAUAACUCUCCCUCUUCCUCUCUUCUUCCCCUCAAGUUCUUUUUCCUCGCUAUAAGUUGUAACCAUUCUCUUGCACUUUUUUCUCUGCUUAAACUUGAAUAUAUAUAUAACCACAUAAUCCCUUUUAAGACCCUCUCCUUUUUCUGAUCUUUUGGUUUCCCAUUUCUCUUACUGAAAAUCAAAAUGUGCCAUGCAACAUCACAGUUAGAGCCAUUUCAGCCCUCUUGCUACACUGAUUUCCACAGAUCACAGUUAUCUAAAACAGCCAAGAUACAUGUGCUUAAGCUAAGAAGGAAUGGUGGGAGAUUAUCGAACGAAGCAAAGGAAAGAGCAAAGUUGAGGAAAUUGAAGAAAGCAAUGAAGAUGAAGAACUUAAAGCUCUACAAAGAGAACAAAACCAUAAUUGAAGAGAAUGAAAAGUUGCGCAAGAAAGCUCUUCUUCUACAUCAGGAAAACAAAGCCUUGUUCUCUAAGCUUCAACAAGUUUUUCAACCACUCAACCACGAUUAAUUAUACUAGUGACUAGGUUAGCAUCAUAUUAUGAUGCUAGAGCUAUAAACAGUACUAUAAUUUGUUGGGAUAUAUACUAUUAACUAUGUAUCUUGGUUUGGAUAUAGUAUUUAUUAUGGAAUAAUUGUUUAUUCAA